AUGAAUACUGAUAGACAACACCAGCAAAUGCAACAACAACAUCCAAACCAUCACCUUCAUAAUCAAGGGCCUGUGACUAAGGACAUUGAACAAAUUCGCACAAAUUAUCGCUUAGCAUUGAAAGAAUUAACUUUUAACAGUAAACCAAUUAUCACAAAUUUGACAAUUAUGGCUCAAGAACAUCAAAUGGCUGCAGGUGUCAUUGUUGGCGAAAUCGAGAAUCAAUUAAGAAAUAAUGCUCCGGCUCAGAAACUUCCUGUAUUAUACUUAAUUGAUUCUAUCUGCAAAAAUAUCGGUGGCGUUUACAUUGUUUAUUUCGGAAGAAAUAUGGUCAAUCUCUUUCUAGACGCUUAUACUUUGGCAGACCCUACAGUUCGCAGAAGCUUUGAAAGGUUAUUACAAACAUGGAAAAAUGGUAUGCCUGGCGGUCAACCCGUGUUUUCUCGUAAUGUCAUAGAAUCCAUCGAAAGGUCCAUUAUCUAUAUCCGCGAAAAAACGCCAAUCUCAAGAUAUCCUCAUCACCCUUCCCAUCCUAAUACUACUACUAAGAAUAAAUAUUCUUCCCCUCAUGUAACCAACUCUUCUAUACAUGUUAACCCUAAUUUUAUUAAGGAUCAACACCAUCGUUUAGGCGCAAAUACCUCAAGAGAUCCCCGAAUGAAAUCGAGUCUUGCUGCACCGCAUGCUGCCUCUGCUGGAGAUAAUGCCUCACUACAAUUACUCUCUCAACUACAAUCAAUGCUUCCGUCUUCUCAACAAACCAUCAACUCUCCACUCUCCAAUGCUACUCCGCAAGCAAAUAUCCUAAUUCCUCAAUUGAUCAAUCAGAUUAAAGCAAUCUUGCCCACUUUACCUCCCGCUCAAGCCACAUCAAUCGAACAGGUUUUAUCACAAAUUGUGGCUGCUUCUCCCGUUCCACCUACGUCUACUUUACCGGCAGUAACCACAGUUUCUACAGCCUCUCCAUCUUUAGCAACAGCACCUAAUGGGCUGCCCCAAUCAUAUGCAACACCGGUGUCAACUAAUGCACCCACACCUAUCAUAUCAAAUAUUCAAAAUGCCCCUUUAAAUACUAUUCUCUCUACCUUAUCUAAUGUAACGCCCAUCAAUACAGCAAGUCCCGUUAUAACUAGCACUUCAAAUCUCCCACAACAAACACAGCAACCUACAGCAGCUCCUCAGGUGGACACGGCUGGUCUACUGAAGAGUUUGACUUCACUGGGCUACCUAACACCUACACCUCCGCCUCAACUUCCUGUGCCUUCCGCAUCAGUAACACCAUCCUCUACUUCGACUCCACCACCGCCUCCGCCUACCGCCACCACUGAGACCGUUGAUUUAAGCUUAGAUGCUAUGGGCCCUUUCAUUCUGGAAUCAAAAGAUUUACAGCGCCUUAGACCAGGUGCCAUUGAGCUAUUAUAUUCUGCUGAGCCUUUACAAUGCAAACAAUGCGGUUUGCGAUACCCUGAAACAGAAAAAGGACAAGCAAAGAUGGAUGCUCAUUUAGAUGCUCAUUUCAGACAGAAUAGAAAGAUGAAAGAAAGAGUGAAACGCGGGUUAUCGCGUUCUUGGUUUGUUUCUGUUGAUGAAUGGGUUAGAGGCGAAGGUGGUGAAUUGACAAGUCAGCAAGCACCUACAUUUUUACAUGACAGUCAAGUAAAGAAGAUGCAAAAGAGCAAUGGCCAGUCAAACUCUCUGGAGGAAGAUGAAGCAAUAGACCCGAAUGCUUAUACAGUUGUCAUGCCUGAUGAUACGGAAAGAAAGCCGUGUCCCAUCUGUGGAGAGCGUUUUAUUGAUUUCUGGAAUGAUGAUGAAGAAGAAUGGAUGUUUAAGAAUGCUAUUUUGGUGAAUGAUAAGAUCUAUCAUGCUACUUGCCAUGCAGAUGCAGUUAAGAGCGGGUCGUUUGAGGAUACGAACACUUCGGAACAAAUACAAAAUGCCAAUGGAUUAAAAAGAAAGUCAAAUGAAGAAGGCGAUGAAGAACAGUCUGCACAAAAACGUCGCCUAGAGUAA